UUCUUAUAGUAGAAAGAACUAAGAGCGAGACAUGAGUAACUUGUACUUAUUCCUUCUAUUUGUAACGUGCAUGUGUUACUUCAUACAGACAAGAGGUCAAAAUACAGGAAACCAUUUCCAAGAUGAUGAAGCUCAACUGGUAAACGCUAUUAAUCGACAUCAAAGGGUCAAAAGGUCUCGAGGUUAUCCUCGGUAUACGAAUACAGGGCUUUAUCCUUAUGGUGGUAACUUUAAUACAAGAUUUGGAUUUCCUACAAGUGGAUUUAAUCGUUUCACUGGAUUUCCCACAAAUGGAUUAACUGGUUCAACUGGACUUACUGGAUUUCCUACAAGUGGAUUUAAUGGUUUCACUGGAUUUCCUACAAAUGGAUUAACUGGUUCAACUGGACUUACUGGAUUUCCUACAAAUGGAUUAACUGGAGUUCCCCUGAGCAGUCUGGGUAAUUUGAUUGGACUUCCUUCUACAGGAACCGGACUUAUAUCGAUUUUUUAAUUUUGAAAUUGGUUAUGCCGAAAGUAAUAUUUCUAAACACUUUCUUUUUUCACAAUGUUUCUUAUGAUCAACAACCAUUUAGAUGCUGGUUGUAGUUGCUGUUUACUUCCAACUGUUUAAAAUGUUUACAAAUAAAUGUGGUUUCUGUAAUAUCUAUUGUUUGAUUAUCAA